AUGGCCACCUCAAAUGGGAAAGGUGAAAAAGUGUCCAAAUUUGAGACUUUAAAACUUUUGGAGAAAUGCAGGAAGGAAAGAGAUGAUUCCAUGCACAGAGAAAGUGUUCUCAGAGAGAAACUCCGACAGUAUGAAUCAAGAUUGCGUUCAACUGAGGCUCUGAAACAGAAACUGAAAACCUUGACCAUGGACAACAAGGAGCUGAGGAAAGAAGUGAAGGCUCUUCGUACGCAGAUUGGACUUGAGUGCAGCCCCAAGUUCAAUGGAAAGACCACAAAGGACAUAAUCAGUGACUUGCAUGAGAAGGAGCGUGAGUGCAGUUCCUUGGUGGAGAAGGCUGGGAAACUGAGCCUGACCAUUGAUGGUUUGGCAUCAGAGCUGGCAAGUACAGUCACUUCUAAGACUCUUCUAGAAGACCAGGUUCAGUCAUUGCAGCAGAACCUCAAGGACAUGACAAAUAAUCAGCGCCGUCUGCUGAAGUUAUGGGAAGACAAGAAGGUCCAGAGGGAGCAGCUCGCCCUCCCUGCAAUUACCCAGAAACCUGGACAGAAACCAUUUGUCCAUAAAGCAAUUCAAACUGAGAUGUCCAUCAGUUCAUCCCAAAAGCUCCCAGCCAGUGCUUUUGAGACCAAACCAUUCUCUCUGGACAAUGACGAAAAGACUGUUCUGGAUAAACACAGUUUUCCAACUUUUGGAAAUGGCUAUCAUCAUGACAAGAAAGUGUUCAUGCAUGAUGAAACUAAAGGACUUCAGAACUGA